CCGUCAUUGUGUGUCUGAACACUUUUGGCCCUUCAUCCUUGCCGUAGUUGAGGAUGUAGAGUUCAGACAUGGCGCCUGUCAUCUGACUCAAAACUUUUGAUGCGACAAACUUUUUGAUAUGUUUUUCCCUUUCUUGGCAGCUGGCUUUAGGGCGCUCCACCUCAGACGUUUUAAAUCGGUUUCAGAAAUAAGAUGAAAAUAUCAUAAACAACGACUUUCAAGAUGUAAACGUUGAUGUUCGCUGCGUUGACCGGGUGUAAACCUGGUAGCCAACGGUAGCUAAGCUAACUUUGAACAAGUUGAUGGUAGUUCGCUAGCUAAACUUUGGAUGAGUGAGAUGUCUUAAAUUCUACUCUGAUAAAAAAAAGAAAAAAAACAGCCGCGACUAAGUGCCUGUUACUGACACUGGACAGAUAAUCUUUAGUAUCAAAAUGUGUCGCUUUCUCCGAUACUGUGUCAGCCACUGUCUCCACGCCGCCAUGACCCGGCUAGAGGAGGUCAACGGGGAGGUGAACAUGUGGUCCUCCCUCCGGUGGCUGGGCUACCUGUCCGGGCUCAACCUGCUCAUCGCCCUGUGCCUGGGGCUCUACGUCCGAUGGGAGAUGACAGCGGAGUCCACCAUCCUGGUCAUUUUCAUCUUCGCUCUGUUAGUCCUCGGGAUCGCCAGUAUAUUGCACUAUUACUUCAACAUGGAGAAAGUGAGUCUGAGUCUGCUCCACCUGUGGUUCGGCUUCCUGCUCGGCCUGCUCUGUUUCAUCAACACCACCGCCAUCAGAGGAGAUGUGAAGGAGCAGGUGUCCAACUACCUGAUGCUGUCCAGCAUGGCCCUGCGGACUCUGUGGGCUCUGCUGGAGAGGAUGUUCGGAUGCGCCAGGUACCGGCCUGCUUUCCUCACCUCGGCUGAGAGGCUGGAGCUGGCGGGCUUCGCCACAGCCAGCACGGUCCUGCUCAUCCAGAAGUCCAUGAGUGUGGUGCUGCUGGUGGUGGCUCUGGCCACCGUCAUGAUCGCCCUCCGGAUGAAGGCUCUUCUGGCUCUUUCUAACUUGAUCUGCUUCGCCAUCAUCACCGGUGUGGUGUUUUUUAAGUCUCUAAACAUCGCCACCAAUCCUUUCGCCCUCGCCUGUUUCUUCAGUCAGCUCAUCUGCGACCCCCUGUUGGAUGUGUACUUCAGCGGCCUGUCUGUGACCGAGCGCUGGCAGCCCUUCCUGGUGUGGCGGGGCUUGUGGCGGCGGCUGUCCCUGCUGCCUCUGCUGAUGGUGGAGGUGACUUUCAUCAUCGUGGCCGCUCGGAAGCUGACAGACCUGGACCAGUGGUACCUGAUGAUCCCAGGGUUUGUGGUGUGUGCGCUCUUCUGGGCCAUAUGUCACAUGGUAUUUGUCAUCACUGUGUGGGGCUUUCACACCAAACUCAGUGACUGCCAAAGACUGUGCCUGGCUCAAGGGUCUGGGGUCAGCGGUUUGGACAAGAUUAUGGCCUCAAAGGGCAUGAGACACUUCUGCCUCAUCUCUGAGCGCCUGGUCCUUUUCACACUGCUGUCGACUGUUGCUGUGGCAGCUCUUUGUUGGCAGGUGUCCAGCAGUAUCUUUGUGAGCAUGUUUCUUCUGGUUUUGCCCCUGGAGUCUCUGUUCCACGGUCUUUUCUAUGAACUCGGAAACAGCCUGGGAGGAACGUGUGUGGGAUAUGCAGUGGUCAUCCCCACCAACUAUUGCAGUCCUGACGGCCAGCCCAUGCUGCUGCCUCCUGGUCAGGUGCACGAGCUGAACAUGCGCUCCACAGGGAUGUUGAACAACAUGCAGGGUUUCUUCGCACAUCACUUAAUUGAGGCUUUUGGCUGUGACUAUUCCACCAGUGGGGUGACCCUAGAAGCUUUGCAGGCUAAAAUCAGAUCCUUCUUGGAGCUUCGCACAGCGGAUGGACCUCGUCAUGACACCUACGUCAUCUUCUACAGUGGCCACACCCACCGCUCGGGAGAGUGGGCGCUGUCAGGCGGAGACACCCUUCGUCUAGAUCAGAUCUUGGACUGGUGGAGGGAGAAGAACGGCAGCUUUUGUUCCAGACUCAUUUUGGUACUCGACUGCGACAACUCGCUGCAGUGGACGAAGGAGGUCAGGAAGGUGGAGGGUGUGUAUGUGGCAGUGCAGGGGGCCACGCUUGCAAGAGUGACGGACACAGAAGUGGAAGACCCCCCUCAGCUGGGAGACUUCACCUCACAGUGGGUGGAAUAUAACUGCAAGUCAAACAGUGACAUCCGGUGGUCUGAGAGAGGCAGGGCAGUCUCGGCCCACUACGGUCUCUCCAAACACUGGAGCGACUACACACUGCAUCUGCCCACAGGAAGUGAUGUCACCAACCACUGGAGCAUGUACUUCCCCCGGAUGACGUACCCGGUGGUCCAGCUGGCCCUGUGGUGCAGCGGUCUGAACCUGCUGUGGUUCUGCGGCGUCUGCCUACGAUGUGUCAAGAGAAUCAAACUGAACUGGUUUCCGCCGGCCAUACUGGACACCGGCCAAGGUUUCAAACUGGUCCGAUCCUAGACAAACAACAGGCUAUGUGGAAAAUCUGUAUUUCACAAAAAAAAAAAAAAAUUAUAUUCCAGAAUAUUUUUAAUGAGGUGUUUGGACCCUGAAGUUUAGGCAGCUAUUUGGAUUGUAAAGUCAUUGCUAAACAGUGCCCAGAUGAUUACUGAUGCAACACAGUACUUAGUUACUGAUUGGUGUGUGUGGAGUUUUUUUUUAAUAUUCUUUGCAAAAUUAUUAUUAUUUUUUUAAA